AAAUGGUUUGGUCAACUUUCAACCAAUCACAUACAGUACACAUGCACAUGUAUUGCAUGCUGACUUCUGUAUGCAAAUUUCGCACGUAAAAUGGCGGCAUUUACACCGUUCUUGCGAAGUGCACUUGACAUUUUUCAACGAUCGUUUUCCCUCCAAAACUGAAGCAUGAUGUCAAACCUGCGUCAACUCUCCUCCUUCACUGGUAACCACAGUCAACAUGAUCCCGAAUGGACGAUCCCUGGCUCCCGACCCACAUCUCUUUUCUGUCUGGCUUGUGCAUUGGAGACCUUUGAGGAUCCUAACUCGGAGGUACCUGUGGUCAAGAAGAAGUACCUCCUAGGAGAGCUGUCGAAGGCCAUCAACUCACAUGAGAAGCUUCUGUUGGAUCUCUUGGCAGGAGACAACCGUGUGGCGUGGCAUCUGGCACAGACAGUUUACAACAUUCUAGAUGUACCUGAUGAAACCCUCUUAGCUCUGGUAAUUGAAGUUUUGGUGCAGCUGUGUUGCACUUUCAAGUCUGAGGAACUUGUGUGCUACCUUGUGCAUCAAAUAUCAGUACAGGUGCAGCAAGCUCACAGCUUGAGUGCCAGUCUGCCUGCCUUGAUCCUCCUAGGCCAGCUACUGGACUCAAUCCCAAGCCUGAUGGAGACACUCAACCAUCAGCAAGAGUCGUUGAUUGGAAUCUUGCUGCCUGGCCUUUCUUACCCAGACGAGAAAGUCAAAUCAACCUGUGCAUUUAUACUAGCACAUGUUGUCAGGCAACCAACAGAGGGCAGUCGACAGGUUUCCUUGGCAGAGAUUGGCAAGCUAGCCGGCAGUGUUCUCUCUCUGUUGGCCACUGCACAGAGUAAAGAUCUGAGAAUCAAUGCUAUGGGGUUGUUGAAAAGAUUACUGGAAUAUGAGCAACCAACUAAGACAUUGAUGCAGUACCAGGGGAAAACAAGUCUUCCAUCUGUCAUUAAGAAGAUGCUGAUGAGCAGAGACGACACAUUGCAGGUUAGUGGUGUGCAGUGCGUCGCUCAGAUUCUACUUCACCAGCAGACAGUACAGCCAUCUCAUCAUUGUCAGUAUGCUGAGGAAUUACUCAACAGUGACGUGGCAGAGUUUCUCUAUGAGACCCUGGCUACUACCGAUGGCUUACUGCUGAGGUCUACAUUCUGCUGUUUGCUUCUCUUUACUGAGAUUGAGAGUUUCUUCAACAAGUGCCACACUGUCUAUGGCAUUGAGUCUAUGGUCAGGGCAGUGCAGCAGAGCACUAAACUCAACAACACUGAAGCAUUGAAUCACGGAUUGCAACUCCUGUCAGAAAUCUUCAAAAAACAUCCUGAAGGCAUUCACCUGAUGAACAAUGACACCACCCUGACCCAGCUCUGCUCCACCCUGACAGACUGUAUGACACACACACAGAUAACUACGGUCAUACAUGCAACCCAGACAUUGGCAAAUUUACUCAGAGGAGACCAGCUGCCCAGGCCAAUUCCCUUGCAGCCUCUCAUCAACAGCCUUCAAGCCCUCCUGGACUCUCUACACAGACUUCCUAAACCAUUGGUUGGCAGUAAUCACCACGGUCAUCGUAAACACUCACAUCAUAGACACACAAGGCAGGAGGGACUGAGUAGAACGCAUAGUAAAUACGAAACCUUACUCAGCAAUGGCCUUAAUGCCAUGCACAGAGCAUUCAGGCUAGCAGCAGCUUGCCUGACUGAUUCAUCUACAACGGAGAGCCAGUUCACUGCACCAAACUCCCAGACGUCAGGUACCAAGACCAGAGAAGCUAAAGUGAGCUGCCUGAUACAGUUCCUCUUACAAGCACUGGAAGGAACGUGUAUACCACUUGUGAUGGUGAAUAUGGACAUUAUUUCCAUCCCUGACGUCUUCACAGAUCUGUUCAGUAUGCUGUCUGUUGCUAUGGAAUUUGGCCUGAGUGACGUCCAACAAUUUAGUGUCAAGUUGGUUUCAUCGUCAUUUAUCCAACUUGCUCUGACAAUCAAGAACAAGUUCCCAACCCAAGACAGGCAACUCCAAGAUGCUAUCAACUCUUUCUUGAGCCAGCUGUGUAUCUCCAUUCAAGAUCCUUGUUGUUCCCUGGAUGAGAAGCACAGACUGAGUGAUACAUUACAGAAAGCCCUGCCACAGAUACAUGGUAGUGCGAGUGAGAUGCUUCAUCUGUUGUAUGAGCUUCCCCCAUCUAGCAGUAGCUCCAGCAGCUUACAGGCUCAAGAUGACAUGGAUAGAAGCCUUCAGAUCAAGCAAGAGGCCUGCCUCGCUCUGCUCUACUAUGCCUUCCUCUACAAUGACAAGAUUGUCCCAGGAAGUGCAGUCAGUGAAGCAAUACUGUCUUUCCUUGCCAACCAUCCUAACAUGAAGAGACUAACAACCAGCACAUCCAAGCAUCUCCUGUUUCUAUUGGCAAUGUGCCAUGGCAACAUAUGCAAUCAACCAUUGCACACAGGAGUGCAGUCAUUCAUAAAGGUUGUACAGGAAGCAGAUCUGUGCAGUGUUUACACCCAUCAUCCUGCCAUUAUUAACUGGUGCUUUGGGCCUGCCAGUAUACAAUCUCAAUUCACAUGCAGAAUUCUGGAGCAGUGGUUGAUGCACAGUUCAUCUGGUGACAGUUUGGAAACAUCCAAUCCAUGGGAACAAGGAGGCAAAACAGACACGCUAUCAAACCUACUCAAGAGAAAUUCUAGCUGCCUAGAAAUGUUACUGGACAUCAUGAACAGUGGUGGUGACAAGCUUGUCCAGGAAGCCCUAUCAGUCUUGGAGAGUGUCUUACCUCACACGGCAUCCUCUGUAGAUGAUGAGGACUGUACAGACAGGAUGCUGAGGGUGAUGAGGAGCAGACUACCAGAUAUCCUGCAUCGGAUCUUCAUGUCUGAUGACCAUACCCCAUCAGAUGUGCACAUUCUUGCCUUGCUACGUAUAAGUUGCACACUCCAUGAGAAAUGCCCACAGACUGAACUGGAUCCAGUUGAUGUCAAACUCAUGUAUCAUGUGACCAAUCUGAUCAGUAAAUCCAGCAGCAGCAACCCCGACAUCCUACAGGCCUGUCUCAACUAUCUGACAUGCCUACUCAUCAAGACAUCAUCUCAGGAUCAAACUACAGUUGCAUCCAUCCUACUAUCCAACCUACCCACCCUCCAGCUCCUAGAGAGCUUGCUAUCAGCCAGCACUCCCUCUCAUCUUCAUACUCAUCAGUGCUCUAGCCUCAGUAUUCUGGCUCAGAUUAUCACCAGCCAAGCCAAAUCUAACAUCAAGGUUUCGUACACUAUUGGACUGGACCUCUCCUUUGCAGUGGAUAUUUUGCGUCAAAAUAAACACAUCCUGCGAAAAGUGUGUGGACUACAGCUCUGGACUGUCUUAUUUAACACCAAGUUUGAGUCUUCAGUCUUGAGAAUAAACAAGUCAUCAGCACCCAGGGCCCUGUUAGACGAUGAGGAUGCAGGACUGGACAUCCAGGCUAGGGACCUCAAGACUAUCUAUGUCUGGCUACAGAAUAGUAUCGUUCAGGCUGACCCACUACUUUGCCAUGCAGCAGUGACAUGCAUGAAAAGCUUGAUUGCUUACGUCUUGGAGAGAAGCCAACCACUCGCCCACCACCUCCUUGGUCAACCCUGGAACCAUCAGCUCAUGACAUACUGUCUGGAAUCCAGUCUAGACUCCAACCACAUCCCAACCCAUGUCAUCCAGCUUAUAACAAUGUUUCUGCAGCAUGGUAACAAAGAGGGAGUAGUCAGUAUCCAUCAUCUGGAGGGUGUGGCUAAUUAUCUGAAAUCAUUGGAUGUAUCUCAAUGUAUGAGCCAACAGGCUGUAUCUGAUGCGUUACUGCUGGCUCAUCAGAUGAUAGUGCAACCUGAUGUCAAGUUAACUCACAAGAUGGUCCAAGGUCUCUGUGCAUUCCUGCAACAGGUCACCAAUGCUGCCAAGUACCAGUCACUGGAUAGGCAGAAUGAUUUCAUGUGUGUUCAUGUGGACAGUGUGGUACUUCAGCAUCCAAGGUCGUACAUCGUGGACCCUAAGAUGAGUCUUCACGCUCAACAAAUGCCAUCUUGUGCCAAAGAUCUCCUGGAGAAACUAGCCAAGUAUCAGGAAUGAGUAGGACUCACUCUAUUGGUUGGCCCUAGAGUUGUUGGAUCCAGGUCCUAUGAGGAGAUUUCAGGAACCGCUUUCACACUAGAAUAACUCCAACAUGGCUUCUAUACGAGUUCAGUGCUAGCGCUCUACACGGAUAAAAUCCCAGCCAGUGUUGAGAGGUUCAAAACCAGUUAGAAAAUCCAAAAUCUACAGCUGACCUGUGUACAACCCAGAGUAAGUGUGAAUGGUAUGCCUUGCUGAUGCGUAUUCGCUGGGACCGAGUUCUGCUCCAGGCGGACCCAUGUUGAUUUCAACACGUGUAGAUCAGACAAUAGUGGGAAAAGGCCUAUAUAAAAUUGUCACUUUCACCGUUAAAGUCAAGACUUAAGUUAACCCCCUUACAAUCUGCUCUAAAUUUGGUUAUGUGGAUGUCACUUUGGGUCAUUUAGUCAAAUGAAAGAUGUAUAAUUCAUUCCAUUACAAUGUUAGAAAAUACCUUUUGUAAAAUGCAUUUCAUGAUCUUAAAACUGACUUUUGGCUUCGAAAAAGUUUUGUUAGACAAAUUGUUUGAUUUUUAUAACAAUACAAAAGCCUUAAUUAAGUGUUACCAAUGUUGGCCUUUUAUCUAAAAAAAAACCCUGAAAACUCAAAAAUGUUAAAUCAAGACAAAUGCCAAGUGAUGCUUGCAAACAGUUUGACAUUAUUAAAGGUAGGAGGUGACAAAAGAUGAGAAAACAUUCUCAAAAGUCUUGAAGAUAUUUUUUGGGGGGGGAGGGGAAGCUUACACCAUACAAAAUAAUCCCAAUAUAUUAGUACUAAUCAUCAAGUGCAAGUUGGCAAAGAUACCGAGUGUUAAAACUGUUGCCACAAACUCCGAUGAAGAGAAUCACAAAGAGAAACAAGAAUUCAUUGAAUUAUCUUUAAUAUUUGACAACAUCCAUAUGGGUUGCAUAGUUCAAUUAUAGAUGGACAUUAGCACAGUGCCAUGAAAAAAAAAAGAACUACCUUUGACAUGUUAAAUAUUACACUGUUAAAGCGUAAAAUCAUAUAAAGGUAUGAAAAAACAUUUAAGUUACUGUAAAUGUUAGACAGACUACUUCCACUAUAAAUAAUUAGCACUAGUGAUAAGCAAAUUCAUCACGCCUGUUUCCUGAUGUGAUGAUCUCCCUGGGUUAGAUAUUACGAAAUGCUUACAUACACGUAAGCAUAUGUGUGAACCCAACCAAUUAUGGCAGCUAAUCAGGGCAGGUUUCUACAUGGACAUUCUGAGUUCUCAGUAGAUGCAUUCGAGUAGCUCACCCGGAUUGACUCGGGUAAAGGCAGACAAGUUAGCCACGACAGCCGGGCUAACCGAACGCUAAACUGCAUGGAGCCCUUUACAUAUGAAUUAUUUAAAGGUUGCCACACUGGCGCUUCCAAGUAGAAAAUAUGUGCAAAGUGAGGAUCAGAUGAGAAUUAAAGCCUGUUCAUACUUCAAAACAAUUGUCAUGUUUCCUUAUGUUGACUACGGAAAUGUAAAGUGGUACUGCACGCCAUUAAAAUAACCCUCAGUCAUGAGAAUGUUUUGUUUGAAAAGGUUGUACUUUUACAAAGGUCAUUUAAAAUACAUGUAUUGAUCAUGCACCACAUGUCUGUGACUAUUUUUUGUGGGAUAUAGGUAACUCAAGUUAAAUAACACAACAAGGGGAAACAAUCUUGCUGACAGAAGAUGUUUUACAGUAAAAACAAAUGAAGUCCAAGUAACAUGUCAUAAUACUUGAGUGCUACAUCAUAGAUUAACUUGAUAACUGUUGGCCGAGUGUACCUGUCUUCCAGCAUUCACAAACUCAUACUACAGAGUAACUAGACAAUGUAUGUACUCAAGAUAUGGUAGGUUGUUUCACACCAUCACAUUGUGUAGUACAUUAAGAGUGAAAUGUUCAAGUUAACUUAUGUUAUUUAUAUUACAGUGAACUAAGUAAAUUUAUAGCGGGGUACCUACGAAAUCAAAGAGAAGUUCUUAGUUUGAAAUAAGUGCAAAAUGUUGAUAUUUUACAAUCUAGACCCAAACGACACUGGGAAAUUCAUGCAUACGACAUGAAUUCUUCCUGGCAAAGUGAGUAAUUUGGGGAAUGGGCUUGGAUGUUGUAACUGCAAAAGUUUAAAUGUUUAACAUUUGUAUAUAGUAUAAUUAAACCUGACCUUAUAUAGCUUAACAAACAUGACAGUAGUUUGAAAAGCAGUCAACCACUACGAUUGGAAUGUUGGAGAAUACUGGGUUGUGACCCAAAGCCCUUGGUCACGUCUUGAUAUGAAACGACAGUGAUUCAGUUUAAUAACCAAGGGUUUGCCCCUUCACUGACCAACAGUUUGUGGUGUACGCUCACUUGUUAGGGAAACCAACCCACUAUUACCUGUCUCACUGUCUCACUGCAGACAGCUUGUCCAAUUGACUACCAAGUUUGCUUGGCUGAGCUAGUCAAUGCAAAUCUGUUACUGUAGCAGGUACAACAAUUCAUGGCAUUACAUUAGUGAAAGGCAAACAUUGCAAUCUAUGACUUGAUGAUAUCUGAAAUAUGGAAACUACAAAU